AUGCCUGUCUGAUUGGCAGAAACCCAAACCCCCAUCUUACAAUCAAUGGGUUAACAGCAUGUUGCAGUCUCACUUUGGAGAAAAUGAAACAAUUUUAUUUUAUAAGACUUGGCAACAUUUUGUUUAUUUUGUUGAAACCAAUACCAGUGUUUGAUUGAUUAUGUACCUGCGUUUACACUUGUACUCCUGUGCAUACAGUACCAGUCAAAAGGUUGGACAUACCUACUCAUUCCAGGGUUUUUCUUUAUUUUUACGACUUUCUAUAUUGUAGAGAUAAUCCAUUCACCCACACCGCGUCUCACAAAGACAACAAAGAAACCAAAAAUCUCCAAUUUGGACUCCAGACCAAAGGACACAUUUCCACCGGUAUAAUGUCCAUUGCUCGUGUUUCUUGGCCCAAGCAGGUCUCUUCUUAUUGGUGUCCUUUAGUAGUGGUUUCUUUUCAGCAAUUCGACCAUGAAGGCCUGAUUCACACAGUCUCCUCUGAACAGUUGAUGUUGAGAUGUGUCUGUGGCUUGAACUCUGUGAAGUAUUUAUUUGGGCUGCAAUUUCUGAGGCUGGUAACUCUAAUGAACUUAUCCUCUGCAGCAGAGGUAACUCUGGGUCUUCCAUUCCUGUGGCGGUCCUCAUGAGAGCCAGUUUCAUAAUAGCGCUUGAUGGUUUUUGCGACUGCACUUGAAAUAACUUUAAAAGUUCUUGAAAUGUUCCAUUUUGACUGACCUUCAUGUCUUAAAGGAAUGAUGGCCUGUCGUUUCUCUUUGCUUAUUUGUGCUGUUCUUGCCAUAAUAUGGACUUGCACUAUUACCAAAUAGGGCUAUCUUCUGUAUACCCCAUUACCUUGUCACAACACAACUGAUUGGCUCAAACGCAUUAAGAAGGAAAUAAAUUCCACAACUGAACUUUUAACAAGGCACACCUGUUAAUUGAAAUGCAUUCCAGGUGACUAACUCAUGAAGCUGGUUGAGAGAAUGCCAAGAGUGUGCAAAGCUGUCAUCAAGGCAAAGGGUGGCUAUUUGAAGAAUCUCAAAUAUAAAAUAUAUUUUGAUUUGUUUAACACUUUUUUGGUUACUACAUGAUUCCAUAUGUGUUAUUUCAUAGUUUUGAUGACUAAAAAAUAGUAAAAAUAGAAACUCUUGAAUGAGUAGGUGUGUCCAAAUGACCGUUUAUUCACGGUAACUAGGCUUUUCCAAAACUGCUCUCUGAUGCUGCUGCUGGUCAUUAGUAGCCUACCAAACUUGCUAACUGCCUGGUACUCCGCGAUCUAUUGUCCCUCUAAUCACUCUGACGUCAAUGCAAAUGCUAUCGAAAAUCUAAUCAAACACUUCAUGAGAGCCCAUGAGCUCAUGUUGCGUAACAUUUCUAUAGGCUGUGGAAUUGCGUGAGAAAAGAGAAUUUUGAUGGCCUCUAUUAAAAAGAGGAGGAUCCAAUCAGCUUUCUAUAGGCUAGGCCUAAUAUAUUUAUUUCUCAACUUUCCUAAUAGUAAGCCCAGUGAUUCGCUUUACAACUGGAGUAGCCUACCUGGCUGGCAUGAAAAUGAGCUGCGGGAAAAGCGUCCUCCAUUUGAUAUUCAAGUGCAUAGAUGACAUGUAUUUUCCCCCUGUCACGGUUCUGACAGGGGCAUGAUAAUGGUCCAUUCUAAACCAGAACUAAUUUCACACAUAGAUUAUUUAGUAUAUAUAAAGACAAGAUUAAAUUAAGAAUAGUCUGUUGGGUCUGAUCACUUGUGAAUGAUGCCCAGAAUCAUCACAUGCCUUUUUUUGCGUCUUUUUCAAAUCAUAGUCGCACACCUCAUGUAGCCUAGCCAAUAGGCCUAUAUGUUUUGAGAAUAUUAUUACUUUUGAAUGAUGCCAAGCGUGUGCAGUCUAAGGCAAGAAACAGCCCAUUUUCUUCCCACUUUUUCCAUAUGAUAGUCGCAUGCAUCACAUAGCCUACCCCAAUAGGCCUAUAUGUUUUGAUAAGGUUUGUAUCACAACUAAAGUGGCCAAAUAACUCGUAGCUUAUCCUAGAGGCUUAGGACCCCUGGAAGACGGUUGGAGAACACAGAGCCUACAGAGCCUAGGACCCCUGGAAGACGGUUGGAGAACACAGAGCCUACAGAGCCUAGGACCCCUGGAAGACGGUUGGAGAACACAGAGCCUACAGAGCCUAGGACCCCUGGAAGACGGUUGGAGAACACAGAGCCUACAGAGCCUAGGACCCCUGGAAGACGGUUGGAGAACACAUAGCCUACAGAGCCUAGGACCCCUGGAAGACGGUUGGAGAACACAUAGCCUACAGACCCUAGGACCCCUGGAAGACGGUUGUAGAACACAUAGCCUAGGACCCCUGGAAGACGGUUGGAGAACACAGAGCCUACAGAGCCUAGGACCCCUGGAAGAUGGUUGGAGAACACAGAGCCUACAGAGCCUAGGACCCCUGGAAGACGGUUGGAGAACACACAGCCUACAGAGCCUAGGACCCCUGGAAGACGGUUGGAGAACACACAGCCUACAGAGCCUAAGACCCCUGGAAGAUGGUUGGAGAACACAGAGCCUACAGAGCCUAGGACCCUGGAAGACGGUUGGAGAACACACAGCCUACAGAGCCUAGGACCCUGGAAGACGGUUGGAGAACACACAGCCUACAGAGCCUAGGACCCCUGGAAGACGGUUUGAGAACACAGAGCCUACAGAGCCUAGGACCCCUGGAAGACGGUUGGAGAAUACACAGCCUACAGAGCCUAGGACCCCUGGAAGACGGUUGGAGAACACAGAGCCUACAGAGCCUAAGACCCCUGGAAGACGGUUGGAGAACACACAGCCUACAGAGCCUAGGACCCCUGGAAGACGGUUGGAGAACACAGAGCCUACAGACCCUAGGACCCCUGGAAGACGGUUGGAGAACACAUAGCCUACAGAGUUUAGGACCCCUGGAAGACGGUUUGACAACACAUAGCCUAGGACCCCUGGAAGACGGUUGGAGAACACAGAGCCUAGGACCCCUGGAAGACGGUUGGAGAAAACACAGCCUACAGAGCCUAGGACCCCUGGAAGACGGUUGGAGAACACACAGCCUACAGAGCCCAGGACCCCUGGAAGACGUUGGAGAACACAGAGCCUACAGAGCCUAGGACCCCUGGAAGACGGUUGGAGAACACAUAGCCUACAGAGCCUAGGACCCCUGGAAGAUGGUUGGAGAACACACAGCCUACAGAGCUUAGGACCCCUGGAAGACGGUUGGAGAACACAUAGCCUACAGAGCCUAGGACCCCUGGAAGACGGUUGGAGAACACAGAGCCUACAGAGCCUAGGACCCCUGGAAGACGGUUGGAGAACACAUAGCCUACAGAGCCUAGGACCCCUGGAAGAUGGUUGGAGAACAUAGAGCCUACAGAGCCUAGGACCCCUGGAAGACGGUUUGGAGAACACAGAGCCUACAGAGCCUAGGACCCCUGGAAGACGGUUUGAGAACACACAGCCUACAGAGCCUAGGACCCCUGGAAGACGGUUGGAGAACACAGAGCCUACAGAGCCUAGGACCCUGGAAGACGGUUGGAGAACACAGAGCCUACAGAGCCUAGGACCCCUGGAAGACGGUUAGAGAACACAGAGCCUACAGAGCCUAGGACCCCCUGGAACACAGAGCCUACAGAGCCUAGGACCCCUGAAGACGGUUUGAGAAACACACAGCCUACAGAGCCUAGGACCCCUGGAGACGGUUGGAGAACACAGAGCCUACAGAGCCUAGGACCCUGGAAGACGGUUGGAGAACACAGAGCCUACAGAGCCUAGGACCCCUGGAAGACGGUUAGAGAAUACAGAGCCUACAGAGCCUAGGACCCCUGGAAGACAGUUGGAGAACACAGAGCCUACAGAGCCUAGGACCCCUGGAAGACGGUUGGAGAACACAGAGCCUACAGAGCCUAGGACCCCUGGAAGAAGGUUGGAGAAACACAUAGCCUACAGAGCCUAGGACCCCUGGAAGACGGUUUGGAGAACACAGAGCCUACAGAGCCUAGGACCCCUGGAAGACGGUUGGAGAACACACAGCCUACAGAGCCUAGGACCCCUGGAAGACGGUUGGAGAACACAGAGCCUACAGAGCCUAGGACCCUGGAAGACGGUUGGAGAACACAGAGCCUACAGAGCCUAGGACCCCUGGAAGACGUUAGAGAAUACAGACCCUACAGAGCCUAGGACCCCUGGAAGACAGUUGGAGAACACAGAGCCUACAGAGCCUAGGACCCCCUGGAAGACGGUUUGGAGAACACAGAGCCUACAGAGCCUAGGACCCCUGGAAGAAGGUUGGAGAACACAUAGCCACAGAGCCUAGGACCCCUGGAAGACGGUUGGAAAACACAGAGCCUACAGAGCCUAGGAUCCCUGGAAUAUGGUUGGAGAACACAGAGCCUACAGAGCCUAGGACCCCUGGAAGACGGUUGGAGAACACAGAGCCUACAGAGCCUAGGACCCCUGGAAGACGGUUGGAGAACACACAGCCUACAGAGCCUAGGAUCCCUGGAAUAUGGUUGGAGAACACAGAGCCUACAGAGCCUAGGACCCCUGGAAGACGGUUGGAGAACACAAGAGCCUACAGAGCCUAGGACCCCUGGAAGACGGUUGGAGAACACACAGCCUACAGAGCCUAGGACCCCUGGAAGACGGUUUGGAGAACACAGAGCCUACAGAGCCUAGGACCCCUGGAAGAAGGUUGUAGAACACAUAGCCUACAGAGCCUAGGACCCCUGGAAGACGGUUGGAGAACACAGAGCCUACAGAGCCUAGGAUCCCUGGAAUAUGGUUGGAGAACACAGAGCCUACAGAGCCUAGGACCCCUGGAAGACGGUUGGAGAACACAGAGCCUACAGAGCCUAGGACCCCUGGAAGACGGUUGGAGAACACACAGCCUACAGAGCCUAAGACCCCUGGAAGACGGUUGGAGAACACAGAGCCUACAGAGUUUAGGACCCCUGGAAGACGGUUGGAGAACACACAGCCUACAGAGCCUAGGACCCCUGGAAGACGGUUGGAGAACACAGAGCCUACAGAGCCUAGGACCCCUGGAAGACGGUUGGAGAACACAGAGCCUACAGAGCCUAGGACCCCUGGAAGACGGUUGGAGAACACAUAG